UCGCUGAAAUUUAUAAUAUUAGAAACACAGCCAUAAUUGAUAUUUACAUAAUAUACGAAUAAUGAAACAACAUAUAGUUUGUUGUUAAAAAGCAGAACAAUUGUAAACAAAAAAAUUAUGAAUCAUUGUUGUUUAUUCAAAUACUGAUGAGUUGUAUAAACAUAUCUAUGACUCAUACUUUUUAAUCCAUUGAACUUUAAACUUGAAAAUAGAAAAUAAUAACAGUAAUAAGUAAUGUUGGCUUUCUUUUAAAUUUUAGAACUCAGGCCUGGGUUAACAUUUUGUAAAAAAAAGCUCGCCCUCUGGUUAUUUCUUUUACGCGCAUAUUUAGGUUAAGCUGAUAUGUUUAGGAAGUAGUGUUUAAACUUAUCGCUUUUUUUACCGACAUUUGUGAUUGUGUAUAUUUUAGUUCUGUGGUAUGUAAGUCGUAAGAUGAUAAAAGCAGUGAGUACCACGCAACUUUUGUAAAUCGAUCUUUAGUUACCUAGUUAUAAUCCACAGUAAUUUUAUGAUAAUCAAUACUUAUGUUUUAAAAGAAAUAUUUUUAAUUAUACUCGUACGAUACUAAUGUUUACAUGCAUUCGAUUCAAAUAUGGUGUGCCGCCCGCCAGGAACAGCUGACUUUGACAGCUGACAGUAGUUUCUAGUUAUUAAAUAUUAUGUUAUAUGUGCUAUGGUAUGUUAUGAAAAUGUAUGUUUAGGUUAGAAAAUAUAACGUUGAAGUGCAAAUAUUAGAACUUUGUUAUAUUUACUCAAAACCUUAUUCACUAAACUGAGGAAAUAAAAUGAAAUGGCGUUUAAUAAAGGUUGGCGUUACGCAGCAUUUUUAGGUGGCUUCAUUGGAUUCAUUGGACUUACAUUGUACCCUAUAGCCGUGAGCCCUAUGAUGGACUCUUCCAAAUACAAAGAAAUCCAAAAGGAGACGCGCAAGAAUAUAAGGCAGGAGGAUAUACAGCCAGGCAAUAUGAAAGUUUGGACAGAUCCAUUUGAUCGAAAGAAACCAGAAACCACAAAAUGAGUAACACUUUGUAUAUAUACUUGUAAAUAUUAUGUAAUUUAGUUAGAACAAAUAGAAAUAUGUACUAAUAUUAUCUUCUCUUAUAAAAAUAAUAAGACUUGUUACUUAA